AUGCCCGAGUUAUAUCAAAAACUGCUGCCCGGCACAAUCCGCCUGUUGGACAUACUCCCUGGAGAUUCACAUGCCCCUAUCGAAGUUGAACUGGACACAGUCUCCAUCGCGAAGCCGGGGGACUACGAGGCACUUUCCUAUACCUGGGGCGAUCCUGACGUUGGAGCUCAGAUGAUCCAGUGCGAUGGACAAAACUUCAAGGCUACGGCAAACCUCUUCUCCGCCCUGCACAGACUGCGCAAGCCAGACGUCAAGAGAAGAGUAUGGAUCGGCGCGAUUUGUAUCAACCAGACCUCAAUCCUGGAGCGAAACCAGCAGGUCCAGCUCAUGCUUGAGAUCUAUAACGGUGCCACGGAAGUUCAAAUAUGGACCGGCGAUGCCGAGGAAGCCGAUGACGUCGAGCUUCUGUUCAGCGUGGCAAACAACCGUUAUGACUACGCGAAAGAGAAAGAAUUGCUGGAACAGUUCCCAAGAGCAUCGGCCACGGAUGAUGGGCGUGCGAAUAUCCCUCUUCUGAUGUUCAGUUUGGAUGCCACAACGCUCGCGACUAUCGAGAGUGUUGCAAGACGCAUCGGGGACGCGAACGUGCUCGCCUGUAUGGGACAGACGGCAUUCGAACAGUCUCAAGGCGGGCAACGGUCCCCCUUUCUGUGCGUGGGGAUCCGCACUGUUACAGAUUUCUAUAUCCCCGAGAGCACGAUGGUCCAGCCCAUUUUAAUGCCAGACUUUGGCGAGGACCAUGUCAGUAGAACGGCAGAAAAGGAAUGGCCGGACUUUGAAUCAUUUUUGCGCGAGGUCAUGCGGCCACCGGAGGACGAGCUGUCGAACACAGACAAGACCAGGGUGUUCAAGGCCAUCUCGAAUGGACUGAUGUGGAAACAUGACGCCUAUUACCAGGCCGGAUGGGAAGAUGGGGAUAUUCAGAUGAUUGAAUUAGCUUGA